AUGAGUGCAACCUGGCGUGUGGUGGUAUUCGUGGCGAUACUAUGGCGGUUCUGCUACAAUAAGCAUCUAUUCGCUCAUUGCUGUCCUCUAGAGUGCAUCUGUUUAUCGCAAACGCAGGUCAUGUGCAACACCGGUGCAUUGCGCGAGAUCCCACUCAAAGCCAUCCCGGUGACGGUGGAGCAGCUUUCCCUCACGAAGAACUACUUCCCGAUAAUCAAAAGUGACGCAUUCGGGGGAUUGCGCGCGCUCCGGAAACUGUCACUCGAUGGCAACAACAUCACCACCAUCAAACCGUUUGCGUUCCGUGGUCUUCCGCGGUUGCGAGACCUUUCGAUUCAGCACACGCCACUCGCGACGGUCGCUUCGUUUGCGUUCGCUGGGUUGCAGAACGUGUCACAGAUUUUACUCUCACACAACAAGAUCCUGCGCAUCGAGGGGUACGCUUUUGCUGGGGCCGUCAACAUCCGGUUGAUCCAUCUCGGCGACAACCCGACCGUCACGAUCGAGACGAACGCCUUCUCGAGCCUCAGCAACGUCGAUCGGCUCAUACUGCCCUCUGGCAUUCGGUCGAUAGAACCGGACGCGUUCUACGGGCUCGAAACGGUCAGCUACUUGAAACUGUCGUUCAUGGACUUGGCCACCCUCGAACCGUACACCUUCCGGGGGCUGACGAACGUGAAGCUGCUUUCACUGCAGGAAUCCGAUCUGGGCAUCAUUCGAGCCGGAGCAUUCGAUGGGCUGGUACAUGUGGAGCUGCUCAACAUCCUCAACAACAAGAUCGACGCGAUCCAGGAGCUCAACAUCACGGCUGCCAAUCGGAUUCGAGUGCUGCGGAUACAGGGCAACCAUCUGCUCGAGACGCCGGAUAGUGGCUCGAUCGUGCUCGAGGGCAUCGAGACGCUGCAUGUAAAUAGCAAUUACUUCCCGUGUGGUUGCCACAUCCACACGCUUCUAGAUAGUCCGCUCGCGAACGGAAGCUACACGUCGCACGGUGGCGCCUCCGGUGACUUCCUGUCCAAGAACUACUGCAUCUCUCCGCUUGAGGUUAACGGGCUGCCGAUGAGCGCGAUCGAUCUCUACUCGAUCGGACGCUGUCUGGAGCAGGUCACACGUGAAAACUUCGAAGCGUCCAAUUCGGCUGGUGCAAACUCCUGGCGAGGGAUAUCGUGGCGUUGGUGGAACUCCGGGCAGAGCAGUCGUGUUCGUUUUCACCGAUCCAAGACGCUCAUCGAAGCCGUCUCGUCAGCCGUGCGGUUUCUGACGCGAUCGCCCCUGCCCUCGAUGGUAUUGAUUUGGUGUUUUCAAAAUUUUAGCUUAAAAAUCAGUUGA